AUGACGACACCUCAAUCGAACAACCGGGUCAUUGUGUACGGCUAUCCGGCGUCGCCGUUCUUCCAAAAGAUCACCACGCUCCUCACCCACUAUGGCGUCGAAUGGACGUUGGUCGACGUAUCGCCAGUGAUGCCGCGGCCGGAGCUGAGCCAGCAUCUCGGCAUCACCUACCGCCGGAUUCCUGUCGUGUUCAUCGAUGGGCAGGGCUACAUCGACACCACCGCCGCAGCACUUGCCCUGGAGCGCGCUUUUGGAGGCGGUUCGAGCAGCAAAGCACUCUUGCGCCAGUUCCCCGCCCUCCAACUCCAGCUCGCGCUCAGCUGGUCCGAGCACGUCCUUUUCCGUCUCGGCGCCGGCCAUCUCUACAACGCACCGCUGAACAAACAGUUUGUCGAGGACCGCAAGCAGUUUAUGCCGGGCGCCUCGUUCGACUCGGACGCGAUGAAGGCCAAAGUGCCCUUCGUCAGGUCCCAGCUCGUGGCGAAUCUCGAGACCAUCGAGCGCCAUCUCGAGGAGCAGCAAGGCGGCGGGCCGUUCUUGUUCGGCGAUGCGGUGCAGUAUUUGGAUCUGAGCGUGUACAUGCCGUUGAACUGGGUGCAGACCCAGCUGCGCACCGGCGACGACCUGCUGCCUACCGUGACGGCCAAGACGGCGGACGAGGAUUGGAGCAAGUAUCCCUUCCCGCGCACGCUCGGCUGGCUUGCCAAGGUGCGGCAGUAUCUUGCGCAGCACACCAUCAAGCCUGUCAAGCUGUCCGCAGAACAGGCGGCAGCAGUGAUCCUCCAACAGGCGGACAAGGGUCGGCAGCAGGUCGAGGGCGCGCUUUCGAUCAGCAAAGAUGACCCGCUCGUCAAAGCAGGCUGGAUCAGCGGCGAGAAGGGCCAGAAGGUCACCGUUACCCCCGUGGACACGGGUAGGGUGCCUCAGCUCGGUCAGAUCGUUGGACUGAAUGCGGCGAGUGUUACGAUCAAGGUGGAUGUGCCAGGUGGCAAGGCGUUGCUGGCGACGUUCCCCAGGGUCAACUUUGACAUCCGUGCACAGGCGGGUGCUAAGCUCUGA